UCCCCACACAACAAUGCGCCCUUCAGCAUCCACACAGCUGGAGUAGCUUACACGCCUGCGUAAAUAUCCUCAUUCACAAGCUUCAGACAAUUAACUCUAUAUCGAUUAGUGUAGCGCAUUAGACGAAAUCGAACAGACCGACUAAUUUGACCGAUGCAUCUCAUUACAGACAGGCUGAUCCGGUCGUCGCUGAAUUAUUUAGGACAGAACGGUACAGAUGCACCGAGGAUUAAAGCGAGCAGUGCGCGAGACAGUCGAUUGAUCGUGGGAGUGAACCUCACAUGAUCGAGAAAAAAUACAUAUGCCUUCAUAUAGAUCAAAAGACCCCGUGCAUAUAAUAUGAGAGAAUCCAUCCGUUCUAGAAGAUCCAGGCUGCUUUGAGAAACGCCAGUGAUGGGAACGGUCUUACAGGAGAGCACUGUGCAUAACAGUCAGAAUAAGCUUCGUUCGUCUGAUAGAACAAAAACGAAAGCUUUGGGACAUGCACCAAGCAAGAAAAACACAAAAGCACCUUUGCAUCCACCACCGAAUAAUGACAUCAAUCAGUCAUCUGAACCUGACUCUCAGCAAAGGUUAAGCAGGACGAGACUGGACUCAAUGUUGUUCUUGGCGAAGCCCACAGGCAGGCAACACACCACUAAGAUCAAAUCUCAUGCCACUUCCAAAAAUGGACAGAAGGAGAGACGACAAAGACCAAACAGCCAUGGUGCAAAAGAGAGUGGUGGUAGGGGUAAAAGUUCAAGUAUAAGACCCGUAACCCCUCAUUCUGUACAAGUUCAGAGAGAAAACUCAUCAGAGUGCAGAAGCGAAGACGAGGGCUGUACACUACAAAGUAAAGAUGGAGAAGAGGACGGUGCCAGUGACCUCUCAGACCCUGAAAGAUCUGCGCUUCCAGCUCAAAUCUCUCCUCCUGACCUCAUCCUACGUGCAGAGGUCAUAGAUCCGUCUGCCUUUCAUCCCUCGAGACCGUCUUGUCGAGCGCACAACAGCUAUCCAGAUUUCUUACCGCCUCCUUUCAAUUCUUGGAGUCUCCUGCAGUUAGCUGUGUACUUGAACACCGAAGGCAAGGGCAUUCCUCGACCCAAGCCUGUUGGGCAGCUUGAGAGAUACUUGGACCGGCUAUUGCAAUUGGAAUGGCAUCAGAUCCAAACGGCCCAAGAAGACUGCAGCAAAUCCAAUGCCCCAUUACCUAAAGCUCGCCACUUGCCUCAUUCGUCUUCUCAUCUCAGCCUCAGCUCUCCUAAAUGCAUCCUCCAGUGCCAGCGAGCGUUCCCUUUGACGUUACUGUCCUCUUUGGCCAGUGCUCCCACCCUUCAGCUGUCAAGCUGUACUUGCCCACACUGCCAGAAUCAGUAUCCCAUCUUGAAUGGCCCAUGCCGCUCUUAUGCCUACCACCACCACACACGGCUGAGUCCACUCCUGGAGACGAAGGGCCUGGCCUCAGGUUUGCCUAAAAGGAGCAGCAGUGAGAGCAGGGCUCAUCAGCCGGAUCCCAGACACCGAUCUCGAGAGCACAGACUCAGCGACCCUUUCAGCGAGAGCAGCCACUUGAGGCGCAUGCAGGCUAUCGGUAACAUUCGCAAUCCGGUUGCUUCCACAUACAGUGUUGACCAAGCUUCUUCUACAGCUACAACAACCAGCAAUGCCAGUAUUGGGGAUGUAAAAAAGAGAAAGCCAGGGCAAAGGAGUCAUUCCUGUGUGGGUUCGAGGGAGGUCGGCUAUAGGGCAAGAGGACGCAGUGAACAAAGGAAGACCUUUGAUAAAACACAAAAGGACUCAAAAUUAUCUUGUGCUGUAAGUUCAGAUGGGUUACAUAGCUCAAAAGACUCAUUGACUAAUCAAGUGAACAGGAGGCAAAAGCAUGUUGAAUUUGUCACAAAGUAACUUCAACACAGUGGCCUGGAAAUCAGUUAAAAUGUAUGAAUUUCAUUACAUUAGAUAAGGAAAUUUUAAACCAAGUGGCAUAUUU